GAUCCUCAAUUUGAGCGGUUGUGCUAAAAUUGAAUUAAAAAAAUAAAGUGAGAAUUAGGAAAAUAAAGGAGAAUGCUGUUGCUUUUUGGAAUUUUAAUAUUUGUGACGGGAAUUGCCUCACAUGAGCAUGAUCAUGAGCAUCAUCAUCAACUUUGGAACAACACUUACCAAGAUCUCCUGCGAAAAGAUUUGAUUUCGGACUACGAUCGUUUUUCUCGUCCCGCAAAUUUGCAAAAUGUCACCGAUUUGAAUGCAACUUUGACCAUUUAUCAAAUCGACGUGAACGAAAAGAAGUCUCUCGUCACGAUGUUUGGGCGUAUCCUGUUCACUUGGACCGAUGACAAGCUCAAAUGGAGUCCUGAUGCUUAUGGGGGUCUCGAUCACAUCCAUUUAGCUGCUCACGAAGUAUGGAAACCCGACAUCACUCUUUAUAAUUCGGCGAUGGGACAAAGUUUGGAUGUUUUUGGGCCAACGAAUACCAUUGUUUAUCCAGCAGGAAAAGUUUUGUGGGUGCCUCCGACGAAAUUUUUGGUGUUUUGUGACUUGGAUUUCACAAAUUGGCCUUUUGAUACGCAAAAAUGCUACGUUAAAAUUGGAUCGUGGACUUAUUCGGCGAAAGUUUUGAACAUUCAGAUUGAAAGUGAAGCUAAAAUCGAAAAACUCAUGACGAACCCUGUUUGGGAGAUUGUCGAAGUCAAAAGUAUCCGACAUGAGACAUUUUAUCCUUGUUGUCCCGAGCCAUAUGCUGAUCUUCAGUACAAUAUUACCGCGAAACGUCACUCGAUGAUGCAGAAAAAUAUCGCUUUCGUUCCCAUCACCUUCGUAAUUGUCACAACUCUUGUUAGUUUCUUGUUCCCAUCAACUGCGGGAGAGAAAAUUUUAGUCAACUCCAUCAAUGCUGUCAUUUUAGUACUUUUGAUGAUCUAUUUUUCGUUCAUGCUGCCAAUUUCUACAACGAACAUCCCCUUAAUUGUUCAACAUCAUUAUUGCACUUUAUACCUCAUUUGCAUCGCCCUUGUGAUUGGAGCUGUUGUCCUCAAAGUUUCCCGCAAGAAGAACGGAAAUGUACCAAAAUGCUUCAAAUGCGUAAUUGACAGUUUUUAUGCUAAAAUCCUCGGAAUUUCAUCUCCUCGCUCACGAAAAACGUCGGAACAGGAAUUAGAAGAUGGCAAAAGUGACAAAAAUUUGUUAAGCUCUGAGGAAAAUGAGCUUUAUUGGCCUUUAGUUGGAACGCUCGUUGAUCGCACAGCAUUUGUUGCGUAUUUUAUCGUUUUUGUUGUGAUGAUGUCGAAACAUUUCUAAAAAAAAAAUCAUGAAAAAAAAUUUUUUCGUUAAAAUUAUUUACGAUGAAAAUAAACGAAAUUUGGAUGCUUA